UUAUUUCUACGUCGUUCGUCAUCUCAUCGUGACGGCAACAGCGACAGCAAGAGUGACUGGGCAACAUUGCUCGGCACUCAUAUCUCUCCAACAUGGCCCAUGCUCCGUCUGCCCAGCUUGGCCUAUCCACCGCUCCACCACCACCAGCGGCACCUUCGCGCGACUCUACAUUAGAAAGCGCCGGCCAGGCAUCUGAUAUUUUCGACCUCUACGGAGCGAAUGAGGAGAGUGCGCCGGGGAGCGGGGAAGGGCCUAUGGGUGCUCUGUACGGAGGACGCGACGCCGUGCAAGAACAGCCAGGGCCGAUGCCAGAAACCACACCCAAUAUAAACAUCAUCACCUCUCCCCCGGCUCCACUAUCUCCUUCUCACUCGCAGUCUCCUGCUCAUUCUCGGCCCCAUACUCCUAUCAAACAUCGCUUUCCAAGCAUCAUAUCCACUCAGACAGACUCCACUGCCAACUCGCCCGUACGAUAUAGCGAUAUGCAAAGACUGAGUCCGGCGAAUACAGGUAGCAAGCGAGGAUCGAUGUGCACGGGUAUCUUUAGUGGAACAGAUGGGACGAGGAGCCAGACGAGUGUUGCGGCUUCGUCGCGGUAUCCAGGAGAGGAAGAAGAUGCAUUUCAUGUACGGUCCACCUACGCAAGGUUAGGCGGCCAAGGUGUUCAUGGAGACGGAUGGGAUCAAGGCGUCGAGAGGACGAGAGGUGGCUCAACAAUGGCUGAUAAACGCAUGACCGUGUUCCCUGCAGCCAAAACUGGCGAUAUAGGAGAAAAGGAGAGACAAUUCCUUGCCAGUCUUGACCGCUACGGCUUUGUCAACGACCCACAUCGUAAUCGCUCCGAAUCCCGUGUAGUCUCUGUUCCUUCCUCAACCCUCAUCAAGAUUCCCAAAAUGCCCACUAUUUCACCCCUAUCAGGGAACCCUCCUGCUCAACCGAAUAACAAUUUCACUCCCUCGUCCGAUCCUGGACCGGCGCCCAAGCCUCCAAAGAGCCCGAGGACAGACCCAGACUCUGAAGUGAAGGCAAAGAGGAAAGAAGGUGAGAGAGUGAUGAAGUGGGGGAAGAUGAUGAAGGUUAAGCGGAGAGAUGGUGGAGGGAAUAUCAUUGAAUGGCAGUGGAGUCGGGAUGGCGAAGGUGCCAAAUUAGCGAAUAGGGUAUAUAAAGGCAUACCCGACAGGUGGCGUAUGGCAGCCUGGUGGACGUUCGCAGAGGAACAAGCUCAAAAAUGGAACGGCAAAGGCAAAGGUAAAUCCACUGCACAAGAACUAACAAGUGAUUAUACCGAAGCCGUCAAUCUACCAUCUACGUUUGACGUCCAAAUUGACCUUGACGUUCCUCGGACUAUCAGCGGUCAUACAAUGUUUGUCACGCGCUACGGUACCGGCCAAAGAAACUUGUGGCAUGUGCUUCAUGCAUUUAGUCAACGAUGCCCCACAUGUGGCUAUGUACAAGGGAUGGGGCCGAUAGUGGCCACUUUGUUAUGUUAUUACGAUCCGGAAAGAGCAUACAGUCUGAUGGUCCGUCUACAUGACGUUUACGGAAUGCACGAGAUUUUUGAACCCGGAUUUCCGGGCUUGCUUGAAGCAUUCUACGUCCAAGAACGAUUAAUGGAAUGGCUCAUACCUGAUCUCUAUCAAUCUUUCCAACGGAAUAUGAUUUCCACAACAGCAUGGGGUACCAAAUGGUAUAUCACCCUCUUUGUCAACACUGUCCCUUUUUCACAACAACUACGAAUAUGGGAUGUCUUAUGGAUGGAAGGGAGGGACGCUAUUAUAAUCACCAGCCUUGCCAUCUUAUGGUCCUUUAGAGAUCUUCUUGCCGCACCAAAUGCCUCAUUUGAAUCAAUCCUUUCCCUUUUAUCUUCCUACUUUGUCCCCGAGGACGAAGACGUAUCCAUGCAGUGGAUCAAAAAAGUGUUGAAUCAAAAGAACGUGAGGGAGAAGAUGGAUGGAUGGAGGGUGGAGUGGAAGAAGCUGGUGGAAGAGGGGAAGAGCGGGAGUGCUUUGUUAUGAGGGCGGGGAGUAAUGAUCUACGAAUAACUUGAUAGAGUACAACGUAACCUACUUGCACUUUUUAACGUCAUGGAAUAUAAUUCAUCAA